CAAAAAAAGAGGCUUAUCAUCAUUCCGCCACUAUCUAUGCGAAAUCUCUAGGCUCAUCCAGGCGUUGCAGAUAUUGUGGAGGCGCCUAUGGAGUCGGCUAAAGAUCAACAAACAGAGCCUAUCGCGUUCCUUUCCUGCCUGUGAAUGGCAUGCAUACCAUGGUUAUAAUCGGUUAAUGGUCUUGUCAACGUCUGGUACAGUGACGCUGUUCCGUUUCUCUUCCUCAGGUGCCUUUUCUUCUCGAGACUUCUUUCGUUUUGACAUUUCAGGUGGUUAUUUGUGCUUCAGUGUUCAUAUUCUUAUGCAGCAUUUCCCUCCAGGUGUCGAAGUUCCAGAAUGUGUUGAACAUCCGCUAUCUCGAACCCUCUGUUAUCUCUGCAGGAUUUGUCUAGCUACAAAUUGUCUCGAGGGUCGAUGUCAGGCGACACCGUAGAGUUUUGCCAGAGGAAAUCUCAAAGGUGUUGAUCAUCUCUUACGUUGAGAAUCUUUGAGGUCUUCUUUCUGUGCAUCUGGGAGUGCAGUAGAGUCUGCGUUUGCGAUUCUGACAAGAAAGAACAGGACGCGGACAUGAGCCAGCGAAGUAAACAAGCACCAACCAACUGGGCAGCCUACGAACGUGGAAGAGCGUCUUCUUUCGAUUCCCUCGACUCUGUACCCGAGAAUGCACAACAGACCAGCUUUUCCUCCAGUACCCCACCUCGACAUGAAUACCUCAGAGCUACCUCGGGCGAGGGUGAUGAUGAGGACGGGCCGCGGUUGAGGAGGAGAAAAUCCUCGUUGGGAAAGAAGUUCGACAGCCUGCGCCAGAUGGGUGGUCCGAAUAGCAUUGACAACUUUGCAAAAUCACUCCAAAGAGCUGCUGGGUUUCGAGAGAUAACACCUAUGAGAAGAAACUCGGUCACGAUUCCUGAUGGACAAGAUGAAGAAACAGGUUCUCCAAGCCAGAGUACCUCUGCUGCGCCAGACAGAUCUCUGUUGAGAAGGCAACUUCAAGACUACCACAUGUCGUCUGAAAACGAAUCCGCGGUACAAGAAGGCACCACGGAAGCACCAACUGAACAAUCGAGGCUCUUACCCAUGAAGAGUCAACAGUCUAUGAAAUCCACUUCUGGUUCAAUUUCUACAGACCUGAGGUUGCCAAGUGUGUUGGGCACGAGUUAUGGGAGUAUCUCCUCCCGGCUGACCGUCACCGCACGGCAGCGAGCCUCCAUUUUGAUCCAAGAGCAGGAAGAAGCAAGCAAACGGGCGCUGGAACAUCCCGAAGAGUUUAAAGAUGAGCCUCACCGGUUGCUGGAGAGAGAAAUACUCCCCGAUGGCGAAGUUGUCGAGCGGACUGUUGGCGAGUCUACCGUCCCCAUGACGGUUUUCAACUCGACCAAUGUUUUGAUCGGUGUCGGCAUCCUCGCACUCCCCUUGGGGAUCAGGUACUCUGGUUGGGUUCUUGGGUUGACCUUCCUCACCCUAGCUGCCCUCUCGACAUCCUACACGGCCAAGCUACUUGCGAAGUGCCUAGACACGAACUCGGCGUCGACCACAUAUGGAGACAUCGCCUUCCUUGCUCUGGGGUCUUGGGGCAGGAACUUUGUGGAGGCCUUGUUUAUCCUUGAGCUGACCGCCGCCAACGUAGCUCUGGUCAUCCUGUUUGGCGACAGCAUGAACUCGCUCUUUCCAGCCGUCGCCGUCACCGACUGGAAGAUCAUCAUCUCACUGGGUCUGAUACCUCUCAAUUUUGUCCCGUUCAAGUCCCUGAGCAUCACCAGUGUCAUUGGUAUCUUCUGUUGCUUUGGCAUCAUUGCCAUUGUCUUCGCGGAUGGGCUGAUCAAGCCUGAUGCUCCUGGCUCCUUACGGGAGGUUGCCAGAACCUAUGCCUUUCCCGAGAACUGGCGGACCGUACCUCUCAGUUUGGGUUUGUUCAUGGCCCCGUGGGGUGGACACAGCGUCUUCCCGGCAGUCUACAAAGACAUGCGUCACCCGCAAAAGUACGGACGUGCUUUGCGAUACACCUAUUUCUUCACCUAUGGACUCGACCUCACGAUGGCUGUGCUGGGUUACUUGAUGUUUGGCGACAGCGUACGAGACGAAGUCACCUCCAACAUCUUGCGCUCGACGUCGUACCCUCAAGCCCUCUCGGUCAUCAUCGUCGUUCUAAUCGCCAUCAUCCCCAUCACCAAGAUUCCGCUUUCGAAUCGUCCGAUGAUGGAUACCCUCAACAAAAAAUUCUACAUCGACCUGAGGCAGAUGGACGCCAAGGCACGAAUGCACAGCGAGAAGAGCUUGAAGCAUCGUGCCGCACGUGGAUCCAUCGGCAUCCUUGCCAACGUGCUGCAGCUUGGAAUCGCCAUCGGAAUCCCGGACUUUGACAGCAUCAUGGCUCUGAUGGGGUCUGCGUUGUGUUUUACGAUUUGUGUCAUCCUGCCCGUCAGCUUCUAUCUAAAGAUCUUUAGUACUGAAGAUUCGACGGUCGGCAAGGUUGAGAGGGUCCUCGGCUGGAUCCUGGUCGCAGUUUGCGUGGUUCUAGCUACAUUUGGGACCGUGUUUGCCAUUUUACCAAAAGAGAAGAUUGGGAUUUCCGGUUGAUGUUUUUGUAGCAGGUUGGUCUCUGAUGCUGCCGCCAUAUCCUUCUUGCACCACUUCGAUAAGAUGAUCGAAAUUCUGCCAUUUGCUCAUUUGACAUAUAUUUGAGCUGGUUACAUUAGCAACUGUGUUUGUGUGUGGUCAGGGGAGUUCAAAGAGCAUGUGUAUGACCUUGUGCCAUGUCAGAAGAGCAAUUGUUUGUCCUUUUUGGCGGCUGUAUAUAUAUCUAAUUUUAAUGUAUGCUGUCACAUAUUGACACAUUGACAAUUAACAGGUUUUGCCACCA